CUGGGAAAAGAGCUAGCUCUUACAGGUCCCGCCCUCCCCAGCUCCCUAGAACGCGACUCUGCAGCCCCACCACUCUCGCUCCAGCCUCCACCACGGCACUCAGACGUCUGGCGCGCGUCAAAACCUAACUGGGAGGUUGAUUUGUGGAGCAUCAACCCCAAACUCCUCUCCCCCCAGCCCCUCCUCCGCCCACUGCAUCUGCCAAGGGAGUUGGGUUGAGCAGGGGGAGGGGGAGGAUCUACACCCAUCCCCCUUCUCCUAGCCCUCCCCGCCUUUAGAUUCAAUUGUACCUUUUUAUUAUUUUAACUCUUCUCUUCAGGCCACUCGGCCCCUGAAUCAGUCCCUCCAGCAUUCGGCAUUGGCGGCCCCAGCUUCGCAUGCGGAAUGGGAGAGCAAGGGACCUGCCCGCGGUCAGCCGGCGUGUGCGGGAAGGUCCAGCCCAGGCGCCCGCUGCCCGGAGCCUGAGGACGGGUCUGGGAGGAAGAAGAGGCAGGUCAGAGGUCGGCAGAUAGGCUGGCUAUGGUGACAGGAGGAUGUUGGCCAGAAAGAGCAUUAUCCCCGAGGAGUAUGUGCUGGCGCGCAUCGCCGCGGAGAACCUGCGCAAACCGCGCGUCCGAGACCGACUCCCUAAAGCCCGCUUCAUCGCCAAGAGCGGGGCCUGCAACCUGGCACACAAGAACAUCCGCGAGCAAGGACGCUUCCUGCAGGACAUCUUCACCACGUUGGUGGACCUGAAAUGGCGCCACACUCUGGUCAUCUUUACCAUGUCCUUCCUCUGCAGCUGGCUACUCUUCGCCAUCAUGUGGUGGCUGGUGGCGUUUGCCCAUGGGGACAUUUAUGCUUACAUGGAAAAAAGUGGAAUGGAGAAAAGUGGUUUGGAGUCCACAGUGUGUGUGACCAAUGUCAGGUCUUUUACCUCUGCUUUUCUCUUCUCCAUUGAGGUUCAAGUGACCAUUGGAUUUGGAGGGAGAAUGAUGACAGAGGAAUGCCCUCUGGCCAUCACAGUUCUGAUUCUCCAGAACAUUGUGGGUUUAAUCAUCAAUGCAGUCAUGUUGGGCUGCAUUUUCAUGAAAACAGCUCAGGCUCACAGAAGGGCAGAGACUUUAAUUUUCAGCCGCCAUGCUGUGAUUGCUGUCCGAAAUGGCAAGCUGUGCUUCAUGUUCCGAGUCGGUGACCUAAGGAAAAGCAUGAUCAUCAGCGCCUCAGUACGCAUCCAGGUGGUCAAGAAAACCACCACGCCUGAGGGGGAGGUGGUGCCUAUUCACCAACUGGACAUUCCUGUUGAUAACCCAAUCGACAGCAAUAACAUUUUCCUGGUGGCCCCUUUGAUCAUCUGCCAUGUGAUUGACAAGCGCAGCCCCCUGUAUGAUAUCUCAGCAGCUGACAUCGUCAACCAAGACCUGGAGGUCAUAGUAAUUCUGGAAGGAGUGGUCGAAACCACUGGCAUUACCACACAAGCAAGAACCUCCUACAUCGCUGAGGAGAUCCAGUGGGGCCACCGUUUUGUGUCUAUUGUGACUGAGGAGGAAGGAGUAUAUUCUGUAGAUUACUCCAAAUUUGGCAACACUGUCAAGGUAGCUGCCCCACGGUGCAGUGCCCGAGAGCUGGAUGAGAAGCCUUCCAUCCUUAUUCAGACCCUCCAGAAGAGUGAACUGUCCCAUCAAAAUUCAUUGAGGAAGCGCAAUUCCAUGAGAAGAAACAAUUCCAUGAGGAGGAGCAACUCUAUCCGAAGAAACAACUCUUCUCUCAUUGUGCCAAAGGUACAAUUUAUGACUCCAGAAGGAAAUCAGAACACAUCGGAAUCAUGACAGGAAGACAACCCCAAGAGAGUCUUUUAUCAAGUUUGGGAGGUUCACGUUGGAAACUCUUAGAAUGAACAAGAGCUGGAACAUAAAGUGUCCUACUUUUUAAUGCACUAAAUGAUAUUCGUACUCAGACAGUAGCACUUUCUGUAUCAAUAAACAAUAACACAUAAGAUGGAGGAAUCAUGCUCACACUUGUUUCAUAUAUACAGUAUUUUCUGGGACAUGCUUAAGUUAUAUAGAGGAAACCAUAUCCUCUCAUAUCCGUCCAUUUGAAACACAAGAAUUACAUUGAUAGUAAUAGACCUUGGAUAGAAAAAGUUGGCCAAGGAAUGAUCUGUUUAAAAUGCUUAGUUGAUAAAACCACAGAUCUCACUUGUUUCUAUUAUUCACUCUGGAAAUGCAAAUGGAAUAGGAAGGGGGAAAAAUUGUAUUACUUACACCUUUUGUAUAUCAACCAGUGUGCUGCCUUCUCCUUUCUCCAUGAUACUGCCCCUGACAGGGCUACCUGGUAAGAAGCUGGAGGCAAAAACUGCUUAGCUCUAACUGCUCAUAAUGGGAUCCUCUUUGUUCACCUGGUUUUUCAUCAUUACCUCCCAGUGGCUUUCUGGUCCUGCUCAUGGCAGCCAGUUGGGCCGAAUCGGGCAAGGAGUCUUUGGAGACUGAAGACGGUUAGAGACAAGGUAAGAACAUUCCUGUCUCAAUUAGGAAUGGAUUCCCAACAGUAACAGUUGCUGCUUUAAGCUUUUCACUUCUUAAGAGUUCCCAGAGGGAAAUACUGUAUUGAAUGUUUUAUUAAAACAUUUCAUUUGUA